AUGCGAAUUUUUGUUACAGAAGACGGAAUACGACUUGUGCAGGAAAGAAAAAAAUACAACAGAAAGUUUAGGACGUUGUUGCCUAAAGUAACUUGCAGAGUUCCGCUCAACACAGCAGAAGCAAAGACUGUUUCAGAGCGACUUGCUUUGGAAACAGCAGCCAGAGAAAUGCUAAGAGAUUUGUUCUUCUACACCAUUUUUAUGAUGUCAGUGCUUCUAGUUGCCUAUGGACAUAUGGAUGUUCGGAGUCAGUUUCUACAGACCCAGUAUGUGAAACAUAAGUUUCUUCACACGCCUAUUUUUGAGGACCCUGAAGGAGAGGAGUAUGCAUCCCUCGGCAAGCUAGAGGAGGUUCACUCGGUGGAAGACAUGCUGCAUUAUAUCAGGACCGUUGUUGCCCCGGAGAUGUUGAAAGUUAAAGGCACUAUCUCUACCGAUCACGAUAUUUAUCUAAUGGGAACUGCUCGCUUGAGGCAGGUUAGGUCACGGGAUGACUCUGAUGCAUGUGAAAAUCUGCCUAAUGCAUUGCGAAGUCUGUUCAUUGAGGAGACCUGUUCCUACUCAUCGUUCUAUGUAUCAGAAGAAACAAACACCUAUGAGUCUACAUGGAAAGUUUUGUCUAACACCUCCAAAGAUAUCAUCGAUGAUUCUCCAUACGUUUAUAGAAGUUCAAAGGAAUUGAACGGCGCUAUUUUGAUAGGUCAGCAUGGUGUCUACUCAGGUGGUGGAUAUGUUGUUCCGUUUGGUCAAGAUGAUCUGGAGUCAAUACAAAAUGCGCUUACCAGACUCUACAAUUCAGACUGGAUUGAUGAAUUAUCAAAAUGCAUAUUUGUGGAAUUCACGCUGUAUAAUGCUGCGUCCGAUCAUUUCACAAACGUCAUCAUUGCGUUUGAGUUUGCCAAUUUUGGAGCCAUAUAUCCUUCUGCCUUCAUUCAUUCUGCGAAUCUCCUAAACAAAGAAUUGAAUGAAGAACUGUGGCUACAGUUGAGUGAGGGAAUUAUGGCGAUAUGUACGUUGUUUUACGCCUUUGUGGAAAUUCAAAAUUAUCGCAAACUGGGCCUCAGGAAGUACUUUGGAAAUCUCUGGCGCUGUUUAGAGGCAUUUACAGUAAUUCUUACCUGUGCUGUGGGAAUCAUCUUCUUUUUGAGAUAUUAUGAAUUUGUGGAGAUCCUAAAGGAAUUUCAGAAAUAUGGGCACACGCGUUUCCUGAACUUCGAGGCUGUAUUUCAGAUGCAUGAACAUCUACACAUAUCCCUGGCAGUUCUGGGGGGAGUCGUCAUUUUUAAAAUGUUGAAAGUCACAGCGUUCAACCCUUUAGUGGUGAUAACAUUCAGGUCGUUCCUCAACGCCCACGCCGACCUGUAUGGUUUGCUGCUUGUGACCGCCAUAUUGUUUCUUGCAUUUGCUGUCACGGGAAUACUUCUCUUUGGGGCCAUUGUGCGAUCAUAUCGGUCCGUUACUAUUAGUUUGUUUACUCUUCUCUUUUUUAUUAUGGGAGAGUCAGAAUAUGAUUCUUUGGUAGCAGCUGAUGUUUUUUUAGGACGCAUUUAUUUCCUCAUGGUGACAGUUUCAUCUCAGUAUAUCAUUGUGAAUUUUUUCUGCUCUAUUUUGUAUGAGGGGUUUGAGCUUACUAGAUACAUGGCAUUCAGGAGGGAACAAGAGACUGUCAAGUACAUGGUGAACAGAAUUAAAUUCUAUUUAGAGUUCGGACCCAAAAAUGUGAAAACCAACAAGUCCAGAAAGCUAUAA